GUAGUGUAGGAAUUACGUUUAUUAUACCGCCGAGCGCAUCGAGUCUCGGGCCAUGCCGCGCUCCUCGGGCGUAGCUAUCGCUUGCUUGCGGGUCGCGAAUUAUAUUAUUUGUUCGUGCGAUUUUACGCGAUGCUAUUGAGGCCGCGGAUUACUCUCCUGUGACCGAUAACCAGAAGUUAUUAUCGGAUCGGCGAAUUAAAUAAAGGAAGUGUCUCUGGAUCCGUUGUACCUAAGCCAGUCAUGAAGACAGAGGUGGAAGACAUGACGAGCGACGGCGUGUGCGAUGGAACCGGGGCGAAUCUCGCCGCGCCGGAGACUACCGGCGGCCUGAUAGGACCGGAAAUGCCGGCGAACGUGAUGGAGUGCGGCGGAUGCGGAGAGCGCGUCCGCGAGCGCACCGUCCUCUGCGUCGGCGGUCGAACUUGGCACUCUAGGUGCUUGAGGUGCUUCGCGUGUGCCAGGCCGCUACACGAUCAACACUCGUGCUUCUUGAAGGGCAUGAGGCUCUAUUGCAGGCACGACUAUGCUCUAACGUUCGGUGCUAAAUGUGCGAAAUGUGGUCGAAGCGUGGGUGCGGGGGAUUGGGUGAGGAGGGCCAGGGAAAGGGUGUAUCAUUUGGCGUGUUUCGCCUGCGACGCCUGUUCCCGCCAACUCUCCACGGGCGAGCAAUUCGCACUCCUGGACGCCAGAUUGCUCUGCAAGGCUCACUACCUGGACGUCGUCGAAGGCAACAACACCUCUUCCGAUGAAGGCGGUGACUCCGAGAGCGGGCACAAGAGCGGUAACAAGGCGAAGAGAGUGAGAACCACGUUCACGGAGGAGCAGCUCUCCGUUCUUCAAGCGAAUUUCCAAUUGGACAGCAACCCGGACGGCCAAGAUCUCGAGAGGAUAGCCCAUGUGACCGGGCUCAGCAAAAGAGUUACGCAGGUUUGGUUCCAGAAUUCUAGGGCGAGGCAGAAGAAGCAUCUGCACACGGGAAAAAUGAAAGGGCAACACGUCCAUCAAUCACCGCCAAAUUCUAACGCGUCCACCGGCGAUUUCGGUCGACACAUCAAUUUACACCUAACCUAUUCGUUUCAACAUCAACAGCAACACCAUCACGGCCAACAACCUCCGCAAUUAAGCCCGGCCACGUGCAAAAGUCCCACACCCUCGAUUUAUCAUAAUCAUGGCUCGGAACAAUCGAUGGAUGAACUCUCGCAAGACUCGAUGAUGUUGUCGAUGCCGAACGAGGUUUAAUCGCCGUUGGACCACUCCUCGUUGUAAAUAUUUCUUUAUUUUAGUUAAGAAGAUUUUUAAACUCUCGUCCAUGAAUAUUUUCAUUUCGCGUCUGUUUCUUCGAUCGAAGAUGGAUAGAAUUAAAAAAGAGAGAAAUUUUGAAAUUCUCUCUCGGAUAAAUGUACGAUUGAUUUCAUACGUUUGAUUUUUCAUUCGUUCGUAAAAUUUUGAGAUUUUUAGAUCUCGUAAAAUUUUUCGGAUCUUUUUGAAUCAGAUUUCGAUUUAUCUGUCAAGAUUUUAGAUGGAAUUUUAUUAUAAAAAAGAAAGCGAGGAACAAGAGAGUUUUCCUUGAUUUAUCGCUUUUCUUUUUUCAAAAAUGUUC